UUUUGCUUUCUUAACCACAUUCUUGCAGCACCUCCUUUUUGCAACCAUCCCAUUCUUGCAACCACUUCGCUACGAAUCGUACUAAAGCUCCUCCUACUUCUCAACAUCAGAUACAUUUCCGAAGACCUAGUUUCGGACGACGAAUCAGACAUCAUGAAGACGAGACCAUCUGCGAAAGGCGUCGCUCAGCGCGCUGUCACCCGUGGCACUCGCGGCAAAGCUCCGACCAAGGUCACCAAGAAAACUCCUUCCAAAGUAGGUCCACGAUCCGAUCCCAUGUCGCCACCACAGAGGCUUCGGCAGCUCCCCCCAAGGACUCGAUCCUCGGCAGCAAUUGGAACCAGGAGCUCAUACCAGCAACAGGGAACCUCGAAAGGCAAACAGCCCGCUGCUACCACGGGUAGGUCUGGCCCAGCUACAAAGUUGAAGAUAGGUAAGGAUCGUCUGCGGGAGGUCACUUCUACUUGGACCCCACCUCCUGAUACCGGCGCUCGGUCUUUUACAGCAAUGUCAGCCCCAAGUGUCGCACCGAAGACGACCGCCCCCCGUGGCAGAAAGGUCAUCCAAGAAGAAUCUGACGACGACGACGACGACGAUGACGGUGACGACGACGACGACAUGAAGGUGGACGACGAGGAGGUAGACAUCGACGACGAGCUCGGGGACGAGGAUGCCGAAGGGGAGACCGACGAUGAGCUCAUGGAUUCCGAUGACGAUGGAACCACCCCAAACUUUUUAAGCAGGACUGGUACACCGGACAUGAGCCGCUUGACCAACCGUCAGCGCACCAGAAUGGGUGACAUCACCACCGCAGAUCUGCUAGAGCUCCCGAGUGCUUUCGAAAAGCCGGGCACCAACAAGGCGGUGACGCUCUCUGCCCAAGAGCAAGAGCUCAAAAGGGCUGAAAUGGCUCGCCGUCGCAAGAACCUCACCGAUCAAAAACUAGAGGAGGAGAAGAUGGACACCAUCAACCGCCUUCUCAAGAAGCAGACCCCCAAGAUGCGUGGCAAGGGCAGAGCCACUGGUGAUGCUACCCCCGCGGACCAGGCUGACUCCCUCAUGGGAGAUGGCCCGCAGCGUCCACCGGUCAUGACCCGCUGGGUCAGCAAUAAGACGGGCGUUCGCCUUGCGGUGCCUGGAAGCUGGUUGGCCGGCCCCCUAUCCAAGCAGUUCGAGCCACGCCAGGAGACCGAGAGCAUGCGUGUGGUCAAGAGGAAGCUCGUCGAAGAGCUUUAAAUCUUUUAACAAGAUUUCCUCUGGGACCCCGUGCCUCGUGUCGGCCUGACGUUGGCAUAUAAGUUGUACGAUAAAUGAGACGAGGAGUCUCGGUCCUUUUGAAGGGAGUUGUCUGUCUCACUGGAUAAUUUCCUGUUUUCCUGUUUUCUGUUUUCCUUUUUUCUUUUUCUUUUUCCUGUUCCUUACUACAAACUGGCGCCUUAUAAUAGAGCACACUUGCGAUCAUGAAAUCUCGUUCGCAUUGCUCUCAAAGUGACCAAUCAGCUGUGCACACUUC